AUGCCCUCCCGCUCCGACGUCCACUACUUCGGCGCCGGCCCCGCGCCGCUGCCCACCAACGUUCUCGAAAACGCCUCCCGCGCCCUCCUCAACUACAACGACAAGGGCAUUGGCAUCUGCGAAAUCUCGCACCGCUCCCCCGAAGCCAACCAGAUCCUCGCCGACGCCAAGAACGGCCUGAGCACCCUGCUCGACAUCCCCGAUGACUACGAGAUCCUGUUCUUGCAGGGCGGCGGCAGUGGCGAGUUCAGCGCCGUCGUCUACCACAUGGUGUCGCUGUGGGUGGAGAAGAGGCGGCAGCGCGCCGAGGCCGAGCUGGGCGCCGGCAAGGAGGCCGAGGUGCUGGAGCGGCUGCGCAAGGAGGUCAAGGACGAGCUGAAGCUCGACUACCUGGUGACGGGGUCGUGGUCGCUGAAGGCGUCGCAAGAGGCGGCGCGGUUGGUGGGCUCCGAGCACGUCAACGUGGCCGUCGACGCGCGCAAAGCCAACAACGGCAAGUUCGGAACCAUCCCCGCCGAGGCUGAAUGGAGCCUCACGCCCAAGCAGCCCGGCGCCGCCUUCACCUACUUCUGCGACAACGAGACGGUCGACGGCGUCGAGGUGCCCGCCUUCCCUGCCGCGCUUGAGGGCCCCGACGUCGCCCCCGUCAUCGCAGACAUGUCGUCCAACUUCAUCAGCCGCCGCGUCGACGUCUCCAAGUACGGCGUCAUCUUCGGCGGUGCGCAGAAGAACAUUGGCAACGCGGGCGUGACCAUCGUCAUUGUCAAGAAGGCGCUGUUGGGCCCACUAGCGGCGCCCACGCUGCUCAGGCAGCUCAACCUCCCCGUCGGCCCCAUCGUCCUCGACUGGCCCACCAUCGCCAAGAACAACUCGCUGUACAACACGCUGCCGAUCUUCGACGUGUGGGUCGCGGGGCAGGUCAUGCAGGGCCUGGUGCAGGCGUACGGCGCGCAGAAGAUUGCGGGGCAGGAGGAGAUUUCGAACAAGAAGGCCGAGCUCAUCUACGCCGUGCUCGACAAGCACCCCGGCGUCUACCGCGUCGUCCCCGACAAGUCCGUCCGCAGCAGAAUGAACAUCUGCUUCCGCGUCCACGGCGGCGACGACGCCCGCGAGAAGGACUUCCUCGCCGGCGGCGAGAAGCGCGGCCUCACGGGCCUGAAGGGCCACCGCAGCGUCGGCGGCAUCCGCGCCAGCAACUACAACGCAGUUCCCCUCGAGGGCGCACAGAAGCUCGCCGAGUACCUCGAGGAGUACGCCAAGAGCUCGUAA